AUGGGACAAGACUACUGCAAAAAGAGCAACGGUAUAACGAAUAAUGUCUGGAACGAGAUUAAGAGUCAAAUUCAAAGUCAUACGCCAGAGGGACUGGAGUUGGAUGAGAUUCACAUGCUGCAGCAGAAGAGGUAAGUGCUGUAUUGUGCAUGUGGGUCUACAUCAGGGCGAAUGGAUUAAAUCAAGAUUAGGUACAUGUUUUGACCUGGCAGGAUAUGCAUUCACACAACCUAUGCUUUGUAACACAUGGGUGUAAGAGUAAACAAAUCUCUGUUAAACUACUUUUCUAUAUAUGUGUGUGUGUGUGUGUCUACGUUCAUAAAAACAUGAAUCUGCCUUGGGGUGGACCAAUUUUGCCACGGAAUGAACGUUUAUAUCUUUUGUUAGGUGUAUAUUUAAGGGUUUAGGUACCCAUCCAUCUUGCUAUUAUUACAAAAAUAACCAUUUAUAUGAAAGGAAAAGCAACAUAUUGCUGGUAUGACGUGGAACAAGAGAUGGAAAGUAUGAACAAACAUUUAUAGAUGUUAAGAAAUGCAGUAAGAUGAUACAAUUCAGUAAUGAGAGAUGGAACAUCAUAGAACGGUAGUAGAUAUGUGAAGAGUCUCUCAGAGUGGACCUUCAACAAAGAUCUAGCGGCAAAGAUAAAGAAACCACCUGGAGUGAAUAGCAAUAAAAAGAUAAUUUUUUUACUUGAAAAUAAAUGUGUUUGUGAUUUUUAGAAACAAAAUAUCUCUAUUUUGAAUAUUAAAUGUCUCUAUUGAUGAUUCGAUCCCCGUUUAUUAACACUGCCUCUUACAGGACAGCCAUGAUUGCUGUACUUACAGUAAAUUCAGAGAUUGUAGCCACCCUUAGUGUCACUGUAGCCUUCAUAGUCUGGGGUUUAUAGUGUUACAUUGAGGGUGCAGGACAGGUGAUGACAUUUUACACGGUUAUUCACUUGUUUUCGAUUCUGCAAACAUUGUCUAAAAUUUUUAAUUCACUUUGAGCAAAAGUUGGAUGCAUUUCUAAAACUCUUUAAAUAACCAUGUUUUCAACAUGAAGACUCUAGACCUGACGCUGUUUGUUCCACGCCACCAAGCGUGGGUUUAUAUAAAGUCUUAUAUAAAAUAAAUCUACUGCGAUUUAGGUAUAAAUGUAUUUUUCUUUAACACGCCCAAUCUCAACGCAUUUCACAUAUUUGCUAUUAAUUUAAUUUAUUAAUAGUUUUACUUAACUGAAGAUCUCUAUGAACUUUGCUAAAGUGUAAAUAAUUGAAAUGGAUAGCUAAUGGCAUAAGUAUUUUUUGAACUUACUCCCACAGGGAAUUCUUCAAACACUGGUUGCCAUAUUUUGAGGUACGUUCCAAACUAGGACAUAUCAGAACCUCUAUGACAAGACCCCACUCAUUGAGCUUUAUCACACAGCAUAUGAAUUGGGGGGGUCUCAUUUAUUAAAUUACAUAAUAAAAAAAAAAAAAAGUAAUCAUCUGCUGAGCAGUAGUUGACAUUUCAAGUGUUUUAGCAGUUCUGUCAUUCUGGCAUAUGAACAGCAUGAAACAGUGCCGAAAAUGGGGAUAAUAUUUAUUUAUUAAGCACCAACAUAGUCUGUUGAGUUGUACUGAUGAUGAGUGUAAAGUGCAAAUACUUGUAAGAGAACAAGAAAAGGUAUUUUUGAGAUCUGCUUAGUGAUCUUAUAGUCUAAUACUAACUGGGUACACCUGCCUCAAAAUUAAAGAUAAAUGUUUUGUAUUCUAAGUGAAUUCUAGGUGUACUAAAAUAAUAAAGGCUAUCAAUGUUUUAUUGCAUAUUUAAAGAAAAAGGAGAAACUGGGUUAGAGAAGACAAGAGGUGAGACUGGGAGUGAUGGUCACUGCUUACUGUAUAAGCCUUCAGAAAAAAAAAGUAGGUUUUUAAGAAUCUUAAAGUAAAAGUAAAGGACCAGAGACUGAGGAAAAGUCUAAUUGUUCAGCUCGAGUAAUUUCUUGUUAAGAGGGCUUAGACAAGUACUAUAACUCAUACAAAAAACAGUAUCAAGUAGUGAACAAAAAAGUAGAUUCUCGAGAAGAAAAGAACACUCCUGUUUUUAAGGUUCUAUUGCCUACCUUUAAAGGCAAAGAAGCUGUUGUGUUUAGAGCCUAUAUCCUCAUAAAAGGCUCUCUCAAAUGUAAGUUUUAUUCUUCUCACUUAUUUGAUAUAUUUUCAAACACAUCAGACAAUACUACUCUAUAUAUGUUUUUUUCUGUUUAUUUUCACAUAUACACCCCAUAUACACUGUGAGGGGUAAGUGUAUCACAAUUUAUAAUACUGUUUUAGCGCUGCACUUACAUCAAGCUGUGUUUGAGGUCUUUUGCACUUUGUUCACUACUUGAUACUGUUUUUUGUAUGGUUUAUAUUUAUAGUGUCUUGUGGAGUAUUCACUAAAAGUGCACAUAGCAGCUAUAUUUUAUAUAAUUCACACCAAAUAAUAUUUUAAGCGCCUUUUUAUCCACAUCCACCUCUGUGUGUUUUUUCUUGUUAAGUACUAUAACUACCUAAUUCUAUGUGAGUGGAUCCUGACUGCUUUCUCUGGAAGUAUGUGGGUUAAUAGGGAAUGUGUGUUGUACCGUCUACUAGGUCUAUGUCUGCUUUUAAAAUGUUUUCUGUGCAAACAGUGAAAUUGUUAAUUAACUGUGCAAUAUUGAAAUCCUGACUGCUUUUUAGAUGUUUUCAAGUAGCGAGGGUGGAAUUUGUUUGUCUCCUGACAUUGUGAUCAAUAAUCAUGGUCAUAUGUAACGUUUAUACUAAAACACUGGCACAGUCUGAGCCAAGUUCAGCUUAUUUAUGUCAUACAAAGAAUCCCUAACCGAUUGCCUCCAGCUAUUUAGAUGCUUAUAAAGAUAAGUGAGUCAUUUAAGAAAAAGAGAUUUUCUUCAUUCAUGAUUUCUGUACAGAAGCAAUUACCUAUGUGAUUUUGUAAGACAGGACAGUAAGGAGGUCCCAGGGUGGUCCUAUGCCAGGUCUAACCCUUUCAGCACCAUGCAAUACUUUUCUAAUUUAAUGAUCACUGCUAUGGUGCUUAGAGGAUUGUAGGAUUUCUUGGAUGUAACAGACAAGGAUCUCUGCCCAUGGAAGAAAUCAAACUAUGAAUGUUGAUUAAGAUCGCUAUACAGAUAUAUUCCAGUAUUAUGUGGAUGUCAAUGAUGCAUAUUAUAAUUACAGUUUAUACAGCAUUAUUCUCAUAUUUAUGUUAUUUAAUCUUCCUCUUUGUUGUUGCAAACACCAAGAUCACAUGAGAGGAGAUAGGAGGAAAAGAGUAUGAAAUAGUGUAUGUUAAACAAGUUCUCUUCCAUACUGCACACAUCGCCUGCCCUCUCCCAUACUGCACAUAUCGCCUCCUCUCUCCAAUAUGGCACACAUCACCUGCUCUAUCCCAUACUGCACAAAUCACCUGUUCUCUCCCAUACUAUGCACAUUGUCUGCUCUCUCCCAUAGUCCACACAUCACCUACUCUCUUCCAUACGGCACACGUUGCCUGCUCUCUUCCAUACUGCACACAUUGUCUGCUCUCUUCCAUACUGCACACAUCGCCUGCUCUCUUCGAUACUGCACACAUCUUCUGCUCUCUUCCAUACUGCACACAUUGCCUGCCCUCUUCCAUACUGUACACAUCACCUGCUCUCUCCCAUAUGGCACACAUCACCUGCUCUCUCCAAUACUGCACACAUCAUCUGCUCUAUCCCAUACUGCACCUACUGCCUCCUCUCUCCCAUACUGCACACAUCCCCUCCUCUCUCCAAUAUGGCACACAUCGUCUGCUCUCUCCCCUACUGCAUGCAUCACCUGCUCUCUCCCAUACUGCACACAUCACCUGCUUUCUCCCAUACUGCACAUACUGCCUGCUCUCUCCCAUACAGCACACAUCACCUGCUCUCCCCCAUAUGGCACGCAUUGCCUGCUCUCCCAUAUGGCACACAUCACCUGCUCUCCCCCAUAUAGCACACAUCGUCUGCUCUCUCCUAUACUGGAAACAUCACCUGCUCUCUUCCAUACUGAACACAUUGCCUACCCUCUUUCCUACUGCACACAACGCCUGCUCUCUUCCAUACUAUACACAUCGCCUGCUCUCUUCCAUGCUGCACACAUAGCCUGCCCUCUUCCAUACUGUACACAUAGCCUGCCCUCUUCCAUACUGCACACAUUGCCUGCUCUCUUUCCUACUGCACACAACGCCUGCUCUCUUCCAUACUGUACACAUCGCCUGCUCUCUUCCAUACUGUACACAUCGCCUGCUCUCUUCCAUACUGCACACAUUGCCUGCUCUCUUUCCUACUGCACACAUUGCCUGCUCUCUUCCAUACUGUACACAUCGCUUGCUCUCUGCCAUACUGCACACAUCGCCUGCUCGCUCCAUUACUGCACACUUUGUCUGCUUUUUCCAAUGCUGCACACUUUCUCUGCUCAUUGUCAUUGCCAUAGGCUAGAAUCCUAGUCAAGACCACCUCACCAGAGUCCUUGUGCAAGUUACACAUGAAUGUACACUAUUCUGGCAGAUCCACACAGUUUGAUGUACUCUCACUCAGAGAAGGCAUCAUAUUUUCUUAGAGAAUGGUUGCUUCUGUAAGGUUUCAAGGAGUUCCUACUGCCAUGUACGUUGCUGUGAUGGUGGAGGUUUCAAGCAAGAACACUUUAGCUUUUCACUACUGCUGGGUGCAAAGUGAGGAGAGUAGGAGAGGAAGUCAGAAGUGGGAGAAAAACAGUCAGUGUUCAACUAAAGUGAGACUUGUCUGGCAUUGAAAGUGAUCUCAAAGUGAAUUUAAGUCCAAAGAAGACAAACUGGAAACAUAGUUGAUGUGGAAAUUUUUUCCAGUCGGGGGAUUUAACAAUCGCUUAGUGAAUAACCUUGUAUAUGUAAACUUUAACGUAAAACUACAGUGUUUAUUUUUCAUUCAUUUGAUUUCAAUGAACCUAUCUUUCCUGAUAUGGAUUUAAUAGCACAAAUUAAUGCUUAUCCUCUCAUCUCUAUUUUUCAACCCACCACCACUCUCCUCUGUGUAGAAGGCAUGUAGACCAGUUCUGAAUAGUAGGGGAUCAGAACAAAAAGAAAAAAAAGGAAAUAAUUAUAUUAUAUAGUUCCUUUUAUUGUCAAUUACAUUCUGCGUUAUGACAGGUCAUCUCUUUAGCUCACACUUUUUUUUUUUUUAAUGGUAUGAAUGUCAUAAAAAUAUGCACAACUUAAAACCGGUUUGAAAAAGCUAAUGACUCGACUGCUGGCACAUCUCCAUAACUGGCUCUGUUUUCUGACAACUGUUUCCAUUGCUCUUUCCUCCAUAUGCUGGAAAAUCUCAGCAAAUAAUAUUAAGUCUUUUUUAAAUUAUCCCCAGAUUUAUUGCUUUCCCAAUAUUUUCUUGGCUUACUUGACCUACAAAGUCUCUGCUUCCUCUCCGGUGUAUCUUUUCUCUGCAUCCACUACUCUUUAAAGCAAUGCAUACUUUGUUGACUCUUUAAGUCCAGUUAUAAAUUGUAAGUUUUCUUUCUUAAAGGGACACUCCAAUGACCAAUUAGAGCAAAAAACAAUAAAAAAAGACACCAUUUAGUAUAUAUACCCGAAUGAAAUGCAUUUAAUUAUGCAUUUUACACUGGGGUAUAUCUAAAAAAAAAAAAACAUAUAAAAGAUGCAGAUGUCUUGUUUCUUCUAACCCCACCUCACCUAGCUCCAGAAAGUACCAGUUGUAUGCUUAAAUGUCACAGGUGCUUAACAAGAAUAAUCUAUAAUAAUAAUAAUCUAUAAUAAUAAUAAUCUAUAAAAGUGAAAUUAGCACUUUUUAUAAAAUAAAAAAAGAAAACACACUCUUCACUCAUAAAGCAUUUUUUGGGUUUAAGAAUCUAAAGAAGGGGUACUCAACCUUUUAAUACCUACCGCCUACUUAUGUAUCUUUUUUGAUGGUAUAAUAUCUUUACCACUCACCGGUGCCGCAUUAACUCAAUAGUUUAGCACAAGUGCAAAAAAUUUUUGAGAAAGGAGGGUUUUUAAAAAAUAUGUACUUUCAUUUAUUUUUUUUUAUUUUUUGAGACAUGGGUUCUAAAUUUGUUGCACAAUUUAACAACUGCUUUUACUCUUACCACAUUCUACAUGCCAUCCACUCUACUCCACACAGCGCUUUCUUUCUCUUUUUUUCUAUUUUCCCUUUGAUUACAAACACCAACAACAACACUGUAUUAGGUAACCAUUUUUAUUAUGUCGCCAUAAAAUGUUCCCCAUUUAAAUUUUUUCCCUUUUUUUUCUAUUUUUUUCUUUUCUUUUUUUUACUUUUUCUUCUUUUUUCUUUUUUUUCUCCUUUCUUUUAUUCUUUUAUUUUCUCCUUCCUUAUUGCAAUCACCAGCAGGAAGGCUGAACUAGGUAGUCGACUUUAUUAUUAGCCAAUAACAAAACAUAAAACAAAGGAAUAUCUAUAUAUCAGCAUUCUCUUUUUCCUUUCUCUUUAUUCUUUCCUUCCACUUCCUUUACUUCUUUUUCUUUUCCUUCUUUUUUUAUCUUAUGUUGAGUAAACCAAGUAAACAGAAAAUAACAGAAUGAAGCUUGCCAAAGUUCAAUAUCAGCUACUCUAAACGCCAUGCUUCUUCCUUUUUCUGCUUUCACAUUACGCACAUCAGCUCCCCUCCUCUUCUGGCAUGUUACAUCAUCACGACCCAGUCCGUCCUGAUUGGGAUGGACAGCAGCAUGCACUUCCUUUUAGCCAUCGAGAGAGAAUUAGCAAACAGAGGCGUAAAUGCAAGGCGUGUUAGACAUUUUUGUGAGGUCUCUCUCUAUGGCUUGAGGGAGGAAUGUGUGUUCGCAGAGCUUGUGGCUGUGCCGGAGAACAAAGGGUCGCAGGUAAACCCACCACUGCCCACCAUGAAAGUUUGAAUUGCCCACUAGUGGGCAUUAGGGACCAGGUUGGCUACCACCUGUCAGGAGUGUUCCUUUAACUUGCAUUCAGUAUUGUCUAGAGAAAAUCUUAUAAGGUAAUCUGAGGAGAAUUGUAGACUAAAAAAUGUAAACUGAAAAUAUAAGGGAGUUGAAAUAUUUUCUAAUUUGAAUGUUUUGGCCCCAAAUCAAUAUUUACCUCUUCAGUUUUAUACAAAUGUUGGUUUAGAAAAUAAACUCCUCUAUAUAGUGCUAUCAUGUGGUUUUACUGACAUAGGUAUGUCCUGCUGUAAAAAUCAUCUAGGUCACAUAGAUGUUCUUUAUUCUAAUGGUACGGCAGGAGUUUAAAGGAAUUUUAGUGUCAAUUACACAUGAAGUGCCUGUACUAGGCUACAGGAUCUCUGAAAGAUUUAUUCAAUAUUUGAUGGUAACAGUAUAAUUUUUAAUAGCUAUUGAUACACAUGUACCUCUUCACAGGAUAUUACUAUGUUUUCACUUUCCUGUGCAAAUAAUGGAAUAUCAUAAAUGGUAACGUGACAAUUAUAUUUUUUCGUGGCCUGAAGGGAAUAAAGAAAAUUCACAUUAUCCUGGUUCUCAGACGUACCCUACUAUGACUAUAGACUUAGGUCCAAAAUAAGUUCCAGCUACAUGAUGCAUUCAUUACUCAAUGUAGCUACCGACAACAAUGGACCAAUCAGCAGGAUGAAAAUUGAUUCAAAACUGAAAAAAAACCUUCUGUGGCUAUCUUCUUUUUCUUCUCCUUCUGAUCUCUUUAAUUUUUCUAUUGUAUCCCUUUUUGUCUUGGGCCUUCUGGCUCGCUAGUUACAGAACUGGCAAUUGUCAAAAGCGAAUGUUUAACGAAGACCAAUUGUCUAUUAACCAAUGUUACGAGCUGAAAUGUGUUUUUCUCUGUCUGAAGAUGAAUAAACAAUUUAAAAAAACAAAACAGAAAAAUGAUGGGGAUAUAUUUAAUGGGACUACCUCAACAUGACUUCUAGGAUAGCUACAACCCUACAUGUGAUACGAAACUUAACACAAUCCAGCCAAGACAUUUCAGAUUCUAUGGAAAUAACAGAGUUUCAUAUAUUUUAAGUCUGGUAUUUGUAGCAACUUUUCUCCUUGUACAGUCCAGGAAUUAAUCUCCAUGGUUUGUAUAUGACAUGUGUGGACUUUUGAUUUAAAAUUAAAAAAUAUUUUUAUGUUCUAGAUAAAAGACAGUGUGCGUUAAUAAUCCAUAACUUUUUUUUUAGAUUUAUUAAAUGUUUAUUUAGCAAUAGUAGUCAGGGAACUCUGUUAGCUAGAUCAGUCUGAUGCCAAGAUCAUACGUUGCCUGAGGUUGUAUAUACAUCUAUUUUCCAUCUUCUAAUAUUGACAUUUCAUUUAUUUAAUAUCAUCUGGUAUAUUGACACAAUUCCUAUUCUUUAUAAUUCUUUCUCACAGGAUGUGUUACUAGUAAAAUAAUGUUUGGCGUGUGAAUGUAUAUAUUAAAAAGUUGGCAUUUUUGAUUUGAGCAAACUUUUCUCCAUAUAACAAAAAAACAUGCAAGCUAUACCAUUACAGUAUUUCAUAUUAAUUGUAUCCCAUAAUUCAAAUGACUGGACUCUGUGUCCAGGCAAGGCAAGACACAACUUUGUGUACAGAUGAUGUUUGGUAAAAAGGGUAGUCCCCUCCUGUUAAUAAAAAUAAGAGACAAUGUUUUGCUUUAAGAACUAGAACCAUUGAACCAUCACCUUGAGUCUUUCCUCUGUGGAAGCUCCCCAAAUUAGAACAACCAUGAGAACAGAAUUAUACUACCUACUAUAUUAUUAUAAUAAAGUGAUUCUUUAAAGUGUUGUCUAGUAUUUUUAUAUUUUGUCUAUGAAUCAACACAAUUCAUGAUUUUUGUUUUUUUCUUCUAUUCCAGUGUAUUUCACUGCAAUGGGCAGUGCAUAUGAUUGAAAACAAUGGUAUACUAAUGUUUUAAUUAAAUUCUGCAGCCUAUAAUCUGUGUUUGAGUAUAUAUUGACUUCUGAUUAUUAUAUGUUGUUACAGCUUCAUACGUUGGCAGAAGGGUGAAACCCAACAAAUUAUGUACUUAUGUAAUCAGAAAUACGUAGCAUUCAUUGCUAGUCAAUGACAAGAUCUUAUAGCAUAGAUUGUAUAAAAUUCUCUUUUCAGGAGAACUGAAUGUCACAGUGUAGUAGUGAUAGAUGAAUAUCUCCUAGCUUAAAUGAGAACCUGCAUAAAAGUAACAGUCAACGCACACAGAAAUAGUGAUUAUCCCAAUAACACUAGCACCCCCAUUGUGACGAGACCAAUCUCGCCACAUUGCAUUGGAGAAGCCUGGUUGCCCGCCUGUUGCCUCUGGACCUUGGCCCCAUGUUAUAAAGCCUUCUUUUCCCCUGCAGAAAAGGCUUGUUCGUGCCUUUCUGCCCGGUGUUCGGUAGAUUCAAUCUACCGAACAAACAACCGAUUGACUGGACCACCUCUAUUGGGAGUGUGUCGGCAAUUUACCUCCCAGAAGCUGUGGUUAACUGCAGCUUAAUUGACAAAUGUUGGGUGGCCUUUGUUCGUUUGCCGAACACGUGGCGGCAGCCAUUUUAAAGUCCCGAGUGGUCAGCGGUGUUCAGCACCCAAACUAUGGAACUGGAAACGGACACUUAUUUGCGCGAACACCGCUGAGCCGUCAGCCUCCUUGCUUCUGCAUUCGGUCAUUUAACCAGAUGCCUGUUCAUUCGGUAGUUUAAACCGUAUGAACAGCAUUACCCCAGAUAGCCAACCCGUGGAGUUUAUUCUCAUAGAGAACAGACUUUGUGAACACUUUAACUCCACGGCGAUUGGACUGUGUGCAUAGGAUCUGAGCGCUAUUCGGUACUUUUGUGCACUCAGAUCCCAGCUAUCUGGGGAUGGGUUACAUGUAUAUAUUUUGUGUGACAAAUGUAACUGUGUAUUUUAUUGUAUUUUGGUGUUUUGUUGUGACCAUGUGGUUAAUGGAGUUUUGCCUCUGUCCUGGGAGAGAAUUGGAUUACUUCCCAAUUAUCUCCAGGACAGAGGGAGGGGAAUUAGGAUGCAUUGUGGGGAUGUUUUACCUCUGUGUGUCUGUCAUUGGUUCAUGUCUGUCCUUUGUCACAGUCUCCCAUUUGGUCCCCUAUGGGAGUGUCCACCAGCUGGGAGACCUGCAUAAAUACUGGGCAGGUAGCCCUCAAUAAGCCACACCACUGCUUGACCCUCAACACGGAGCUCUGUCUCAUCUUUGGGGGGAGUUACUGUAUGCUGUUAGAGACUGAUUGCCAGGAGUGUAAGCCGCUUGGGUGCUUUUCCUGUUCGUCUGCUAGCAGCUAUUCGUGAGGUUCCAGUUCGGGAGUUUGGAGUGCUACUUUGUAUGCAGUUCGGGAGUUUGAAGCAUUCCCUUGUAUGCAGUUCGGGAGUUUGGAGCAUUCCCUUGUAUGCAGUUCGGGAGUUUGAAGCAUUCCCUUGUAUGCAGUUCGGGAGUUUGGUGUUCUGCAGUAGCUGUGCCUGUAUCUCUGGAAGGGGAAGAUCUUCUAAACAGCGGUUUAACCCUUUUAUGCCUGGGGGGGCUGUUACACCCAUCAACUCUGAAAAACUGGAAAACACAAGACAUCAAAAAACUGAAAAUUAGUGUGGUGUAAUAAUAUAAUCAAUAGACACCAAUAGAGAAUACAAGUAAAGUUUGUCACAUUAAUAGAAUGACAACACCUUGACUACAAAACAUUUAUAUCUCCCUCUCCCCCCAUAUUUAGCUUUUAUUUUUAAUCUUUUAAAUCUUUAAAGUAUGCAGUAAAGAUUUAAAAAUUCAUGCAUUGAGAAAACAGAUGAAACUCCUUACUCUACCACAAAUAAGCUGUUGCAAUUUCUUUCAUCUUUCAUAGCCUUUUCUGUUUUUUGUUUUUUAACUGAAAAAAAAUGGUGAAAGGAAACAAAGACUCAGCAAAAAAAUAAAUAAAAAAUGAAGCUAGCAACACACAAGGGUCAGGUAUGAAAUAACAGUCAGACCGUACCAAAGCUGUCUAGGGCAUGGUUGUCCAACCUUUUAACUUCCCUGGAGUGGAGAGGAAUUGUCUUGGGAUGCACAUAAAAUUAUACUAUAAUUAACUUUAUAUGUUAAAACAUCAAAAGCACUUUUCUUAAAUUUGUUUAGUAGAUAAUUACCUUAUGUGCUAUCCUUAUGUGGGAUUGCCAUAUUUAAGGAUACCAAAUAAAAAGAAAAUCUCCUGGUACUCAAGGAUACCAAUUUAGGGAGCUAUCUACUAAACACAUGCACAAGUAUAUACAUAUGCACACAUAACCACACACACACACACACACACACAAUCACAGACUAAUAUGCACAAUCACAAAUAUACACACACAAUCACAGACCCCCCCACACACACAUAUAAUCACAGACCUAUACACACAGUCACAUACAUACACACACACAUAAUCACAGAUAAACACACACAAUCACAGAUCCACACACAAUCACUGACUUACACACACACACACAAAAUUACAUUUAUACUGCUUACACCAGCAUGUACCCAGGCCACCAUGGAGGCUUCACCCACGAGGUCUGAUGAUGGCCACAGCCAACACAAACAGGGAAACCCCACAGGAAAAUCAGCCCCUGCGACCAAGCAGGAUAUUCAGAACACGCUGGCUCGACUUCAACACAACUUACAGCAAAUGUGCCUUGCAGACCUGAAGGGGCUCGCUGAAGUACAGGUGGUAACAGCCUGCACCCAAGGCACAGAAUGGGAGGUGAGAGACCUGCGACAAGAUCUAAAUGCACUGAGAGAUACAGUUACCCAGAUGCAAACCGCACAGACCACUAUCAUCAGGCAAGUUAAUCUGCUAGAUGACAGGGGCAGGAGGAAGAAUGUAAAGAUAAGGGAGGUCCCAGAAUCAGUACCGCUGGAUGAACUAUCCCACUUCAUAAGGUGUCCAGUGGCCUCCCUCUUACCUAUCAAACAAGCAAAACACUUCUCCUUUGAUGGCGUAUAUAUCGAAUCGCCAAAUCACUGCAUGCUCCAAAGGCGGACCCCCGCAACCUCUUCUUAAGAUGCCAAACGCUUACAGAUAAAAUAGCCAUAAUUACUGCUAUGAAAAGGAAAAACACCCUACAACUUUGAAACACAUCAAAUCGCCUUUUUUCAAGACCUAAGCAGAGCCACACUAUCAUGACGCAAGAGCAUGCAGACCAUAACCACCACCCUACAAACAGCAGGUGGGCAACCCCUAGAGCACUAUGGUUAACCAAAGAGGAUAAAUCCUACAAGGCCUCUGACCUGGGGGAGGGCUCUGCCUUGCUUGCCACGAUGGGGCUGACCAACAACACCACUGGACUACCUCACGCACAACCAGGGUCCACGACGUGAAGCCUCAGCCAUCCACACAAUCAGUCUUUUGUUUAUGUUGUCAGUGUUGUUCUUUUCUCUUUUCUUACAUCAUUUAAAGUUAAAAUCUAUCAGUGCAUACAUUAUUCAUCUCAAUGACGCCAAAGCAUCACCUACUCAAUGUUAGAAUCACCCAAGCCUACACUGGCUGGGUAAUACAAGUUAGCUCUGGGGUGUGCAAUAUCCCAAUAUUGAGUAAAGCCAGCACAGAAGCGAGCAGGCGACACAACAAGUGUACCCCCUACUGACAGGUUUCCCGUACUUGUCUUUACCUGAAGUGGACCAUUGCUCUCGCUCUCCUACAUCCCUAGCCCAUACAGAACAGACCACUACCACACUAGAUCUACACUCGAACUUGCUGAAACUUAACAUAAUUUCUGAGAGUCCAGAGUACUAGCCACUACGCCUCUUGACAUAGGCAGCCAUAAACUAAACAUGGUCAUCCUCGCAGGUGGUACCUUCAACACAACUUGUCUAAACCACCGAACACUCCCGCCCAACCAUGUUGAGCCCAUUUUAACAUUAAAGCACAUAGCUCUGGACAGAUCCCUAUGAAUGCCUAGGCCACUCCAUAAAAGUACAAACCCUCUAUAAGCCAUGUAUGCUUUGCGCCUUACUGAUUACCCGCUUAUGUGUUAUUAUGUUAUAUGGCAUUACGGAUAUGUUAUGACUUAACAUUAUGCACUGAAAACAAAAAUAAAGAAUUAACUUUAAAAAAUUAAAUUUAUACACAUUUAGAACUUAAGAGGUCCACCCAGCUUCCCUACCUUGCUCUGGGAGGGCUGGAAUGGAUACUCUAUCCCUGGUGACUAGCGGUUGCUGCUGAUCUUGAUGCCAGGAUGACUUCAUAUCCCAACAACCAGCUCACUGCUGGGUGCACAAGGAAGCUGCCCAGAAGGAGCACAUAAUGUAAAGAGCUCCCUGCCUCCCUCACCACCUGACUGCACUGUUAGCAGUCCCAGGCUGCGGGUAGGAUACCCAUGAUCUAGGGCAGGGGUAGGCAACCUACGGCACUAGUGCCAUGCACGGCACUCGAGGUGCCUUUGCACGGCACUCAAGGCUGCUAGAGCCAAACAGGCUCUGGCCUAUCAGGAGUCCCAGUAAAACUUCAGAUAUCUGCUAAUAAAAAGAGGUGGUGAAGGACAAUCCUCAAUUUAUGCAUUGCAGCACGUAGAAGAAGUGAUCUCAGAGCACUUCAUUCCAGCACUUGUGAAUGGGAAUCCACACAGUAGUAGAGCAGCUCGCAGUUGUUGUUGCAGCUCCGGUCCUUGACCUGUACCUGGCCAACAUGGUCCCUACUGGAACUUUGUUAAUCCUAGGCCACAGUGCUAGAUAUACACAUAAAUGCAGAAAGACCCUCCCCUCAUACAAAUAAUACAGACAGCCCACACACAAACAUACACACAAUCAGCACAAACAUACACAAAAUCCGCACAAACGCAACACCACUAACAAUCCACAUACGUGCACACAACCCCACAUGCAGCCCCUCACAUGCAAUACCCCAAACAGCCCUCACACAUACACACACUACUAAACACACAAUGUGACAUAUCCAUCACACACACAAUUCCACAAGCUGCCCCCAUACACAGCCCACAUUCAUAUGUAUCAUACACGAUACCACAAUCUACUCAUGAACAUAUACAAUAUAAUAGCUCAUAUACGCACAAGUACAACGAUACAAAGCAAUUACAGUAUAAAUAACAAAAUCAGAAUACGGCAGCAUACACACCUCAAUUAAAAAAAAAAAAAAAUAGGAUCGGCACGCUACAGGACAUCACAAUCCUAUAUCGGCACAGUGCUGCUAAAAGGUUGCCUACCCCUGAUCUAGGGCAUAACAAAAUCAGCGGUAUGUGUUAGCAUCCAACAGAGCAUCAAUGAAAGCAUUAAAAUAUGUACUAGGAACUGUCCUGCAUUAGCUAGUUUUAUAGGUAGUGAGGUUGGUAUGUAGACUGCAAGUAAUGUUUGUUUUCUCUGACAGCUGAGGCAUUUCCUUUCUUAUGUGGAGAGUAAAAGGAUGGUGUAGUGAAUUUCAGAAGUACUCAGACGUCAAGCUAUGUGUAAAAAAAAAAAAUAAGAGGAAGAGUAAAGCAAAAUAUAGUGUAAUAGUUCUAUAUUACAAUAUAUAAAAGAAAGAAGGAAAUGCACUAACAGUAUGUAGAGUGUAAAUGAGCAAUACUAUGACGCGAUUUGGUGGUAUAAUAUCUGAUGUGUUCUCCAAGUCCACUAAUAAGUACUCCAAUAGCAAAACAAAUAUAGUGUAGUAUAUUGUGAGGUAGUAGUGAAAUUAAAGUAAAGGAAAUAUACCCAUAGUGUAAUGAGCCUCCCACUGGCUCUUAGAAAACAACAUAAGGUGGUGUAAUCCCCACCCUAGGGUCUAAUUUGCUUGCAGAGACUCUUGUGGUGUGUUAUAUAAAAACAGAAUGAAAAAUAUUGUGAUCGCUGUAUUAGGUAAAAGUAUAAAAAGAUAUGAGAGUUACUCACAAGUCACGACUGUGAAGCAAAAAUGGACUUUGCUCAGUCCAUAGCAUUUGGAAUGUCCCCCACCAAAGGGAUUUGUUUGCAGUCAAUGAAACAGUCAGGUUAUGUCCAGGAAUGAAGAUUAAAAAACUCAUUUAUUUGAAAAAUUAUUCUCUUAAAACAAUGUAAUAAUCAAAACAAUAGCAAGUACAAAACACAAAAGUAAAAGCAAUUUCUCCAUAGAGGCUUUAUCAAAGUGUUUUUAAUAGAAGUUUACAUUCACGGGUCAUAUCGUUAUGCACUUUAUAUAAAUAUGCUACAGAUUCUAGAUUAUAAAUCCACUGAGUUCUCUGUUCCUUAAUUGUGUAUAUGUCUUAAUAUAUUUUGUAUUAUGUAUAACAUUUAACCUGUGCACAGUCCCUAGUCUCCUUAAGGUUUUGUAGUUAGAGACUAUGUACUUUACACUUUGCAAGGAACUCAGAUAAGCCCUUUGGUGGGCCAUCUUGUGGGUAUAAAAUAAACUUUCAGUAACUUAGCUAGACGUAAAGUUGUGGUGAUAAAAAAUCUGUACGUUUUAUGUGUUUUAUAGCCACACAGAUUGAAUUAGUUUCUUUUCCAACAGAAUUUAUGAGUGCCCCCUACUUCUUGCUGCAAAAGAGAAUGAUGUUGGCUCUAUUAAGAAGCUUUUGGAAUGUCCUUCUACUGACCUAUACAUCCGAGGUGUGUCCUGAUGAUCUCACAGAAAAAUAAGCCACAUAAUUUUAUGUUCGCUUGCAACUUCCAACUACUUUUCUUAAAUUUAAUGUGUUCACUUUAUAAAAUGUAAUCUAAAGAAUCAGUCCAUAAAACAUCUAUUUUUUCCUCUCAAAAUUUUAAUAUACAUAAAUAAUUCACUCGUAAUAUAACUUUCUAAAAUAUCACAAAUUAAUCUAACCUCAAAUAUUCUUUCAGGAAAUUGUAAAUUCAAGGAGUUCAGUUCGGAGGAGUAAUUAAUGAAUAUGUAUAUAUCCAGAGAUUUGCAUGAGGAUUAGUUGCCACUCCCUGCAACUGAAAUUUCAUCACAUUAAUAUUUAAAUAUAUAUAUCUAUAUAUAUAUCAUAAAACAUAAGGAUGGCUUUACAGAAUUGAACUGUUGUGAAAUAAAUAAUAACUUUUCAUUGCUUUUUUUUUGUUUUGUUAAAUUGGGAAUUGUAGAAAAUUAACAAUGGAGAUAAGAUUGUGGUACGAAAUAACCAAGUGAAAAAAUAGCUCAGCUACAUAAUGCUUGUAGUUCAUCUAUUUUGACUAAUAAUUUUUAACUUCUCCAAAUCUUCCACAAAUACCUGUCAAGUGAGUUAACAUUAAUCACACACAGCCAACAGUCUUACCCAAAGCUCUACUUCACAUUGCAUUUUGUGGUUCCAGGUGCAGUGGGAGAGACUGCCUUGCAUGUGGCUGCAUUAUAUGAUAACCUGGAGGCUGCAGAGAUAUUAAUUGAAGAAGCACCUGAUCUGAUUAAUCAAGCAAUGACCUCUGAUCUCUAUGAAGGUAAGAUCCUGUGCAUGUUACUGUUGUCAAAAGUAUUUAAAAUGCAUUUAUUUUAGUUUUUAUUUAACCAGUGAGUUACCACUAGUUUUACCUUCCUCACUUGAAAGUCUUGUUGUUCCAGUUAAUAGAAUAUUAAUAUUUCUUAUAAUAUAUAAUUCCCCAAUUACCGAACAAAACCCCCACAUUCAACGUAUCCCCAGAUAGCUUAGAUCUGAGUGCACAAUAUCACCGGAUAGUGCUCAGAUUCUAAACACACAGUUAAAUCGCCAUGGAGCUAAAGUCUUGUACAGCGUGCGUUCGUCAAAUGCUCCAUGAGAUGGCUAUCUGGGGAAGCUCUGUUCGUAUAGUCAAUGUACCGAAUGGCACGGCAUUCAUAUGAACCUGGGACAGAACGAAGAGGGGUCGGCAGCUUCAGCGGUGUUCGUAUGAAAUAGUGUCCAGUUUUAGUUCCAUAGAUUUGUCGACGAACACCGCUAUGCGUUCGACUGUCCAAGAUGGCCGCCGCCACGUGUUCGUUCAUAUGAACGAUGACCACCCAGCCGACCAUUCGAGAGUGGAAAGUGUCUGCAGUUAACCACAACGUUCUAAUAAGGGCAAGAGGUUAACAAGCAGCACACUUCCCUGCUGGGUGGCCUGCCGUUCGGUAGUUCUUUUGUAUGCAGAGAAUAACACAUGGGGCCGUACGGACAAGGGGAAAUUAUCGAACAAACAGACGAACCAAGGUGAAAAAUAAAAGUAAUGCAAAGACAGAGAGGUCUGUCACAUUUACAAAUCAGUUAAUAACACUACCCCUAAUUACAUAUUUUCACAAUUAAAUAGGUAUGUCCAGUUCAUGUCCCUCUAUGCUGCAGAAGGCCUUUGACUGUCCACUGCUUAUACUUUCAUGACUUCUUUGGAGACACACUGGAAUUCCCUUUUCUGCUAUAUUAGACUUUCCCCUAGACUCAUUUCCUUAAGAAAAUCACUUACUUAAUAAAACUUUUACAAUUGGUCUGUUAAUUGUAUGUUUUUGUUUUGUAACUUCCUUCUCCCUCACCAUGUCUCGCUAACGUAUUUCACUGCAUAUCCUCAAAAUGUAUCAUCUAACAAUCCAGAUCUCUUUUCAUUGUAACACGGUUUGUGCAUCUUUCUUCUUUUUAUUUAUGAUAUUCCCAUUGACACAUUAUUACAGGGCAGGCUGCUCUGCACAUUGCUGCCGUCAAUCAGAACAUGAAUUUAGUAAAGAUGCUGAUUGAUAAUGGCGCUGAUGUCUGCUCUCCUCGAGCCACAGGAAGUUUUUUUGUCCACAGUGAAGAGAAUCUCUUUUACUAUGGUAAGUGCCUGUCAAGCUAUGGUGUCAGUCAUUGGGGGAGAUUUAUCACAGUGUUCAAUUCAAAAAAGUGGUCUGAAGGGCUAGAAAUGGUGCAGUCUGCAUGGGAACCAAUGGAAUCAGCAGGGACAUUUCACUGGUGACUCCGUUCCUUUUAUAUUUUUUGUAGCACUUUUUAGAACAGAACACUAUUAUAAAUAUCACCCAUGGAACCUACCUCACAGUAAUGCAUUGAAUCUUUAGUUCCACACUGGGACUAUAUGUUUAAAUUGUAAACAUAGUCUUAGACUUUCAAUAGUCUGUCUAUCCAUUCCAGGGGAGCACAUUUUGACCUUUGCUGCUUGUGUUGGAAAUGAGGGAAUAGUCCGACUUCUUAUAGACAGCGGUGCUGACAUAGGAGUUCAGGAUUCUUAUGGUGAGUUAUGGAAUAAAAAUAUGAGAAUGAGCUUGGGAUUCAACCCAAGAAUAAUCCCAAAUCUCUUAAAAUUGCAGUAACAUCUUCUUCUGAGAUGAAACCUUCAGUAGAAAGGAUAUUUUCAAGCAAUUAACCUGGCAAUAUCUAAUCCUUAGGCAACACUGUUCUACACAUCUUGGCCCUUCAGCCUAAUCAAACCUUUUCCUGCCAGAUGUUUGACCUGAUUUUAUCCUAUGACCAAGGAGAGGGGGAUGAGAGUCUUCAGAUGGUUCAAAAUAACAUGGGGCUCACUGCUUUCAAACUUGCUGCUUCUGAAGGAAACACUGUGGUAAGUUUCUUAUAAGAUCCAUGGGUUUAAGAGAAACACAUUUUGUUCAACAAGACAAGUUAUAGUGUCAUAUUGUUAGCUGUAAAGUAUACAUUAUUUUCUACAAAUCUUUUGGUGGAGAAUAAUUUUCAUAGGAAACCUUUUAAAGAAAGAACAUAUUUUAAACAAUACAUUAAUAAUAAUUACCUUAUAUUAUAAUUUAAAAAAAAAUAUUUUACAACAUACGCAGAUCUGCAGCUAUGUAGCAAUUUUCCAACAUCAACCCAAUCAUUUAAUUUUUGGCAAAAAUGACAAACUUAAAACGGCUGACUUGAACAUCUAUUCGAAAACACAUAUUUUAACAAACAACACUUGAAACACUUUACAUUUUGGACAAGUUACACUCACUGAGAUACCCUGUAUGAAUGCUGUAGAACAAAUUUUUGGAACGACAGGGCCGGAUUAAGAGCCCGGUGGGCCUGGUGCUGACAAUUAUGAUGGGGCCUAAUUACAGAAUCUAUCGACCAAAAACACUAAAACAGUCAGACCUCUCAAGCGUCAUGUAUCUGAUGGAGUUGGUGUUGGAGGGAAACUCAAAGGAUGCAGCUAUAAGAAAACACAUACUCUAAGCUAAUCUCUUUAUCUAAUUUAUGCUUUAAUUUUUCAAGUAAAUCCAUACCAACAGCAGUGUCCAGUGAAGCAGGAAGACAAUUGGCAGGGUAAAAGAGUAGGCCACUUAUGCGAAUCACAUGACCAGAACUGCCAAAAAGGGUGAACAUGCCCAAAAAGGGGGUAUGUCUGUCCAAAGAAUUGGAAGGCCAGCCUGGCAUCAGUGUCCCUAUGCAUCACAGUGUCAGUGUCCCCAUGUCGCCCAGUCCCCUAGUCUCCCAGUGUCUGUGUGCCCAUUUCUCCCAGUGUCCCCAUGUCUCAGUGUGUCCCGUGGAUACUAGGGGACACUGAGAGACAUGGGGACACUGAGACAUGGGAACACUGAGACACUUAGGGACACUGGGAGACAUGGGGGCACUGAGACACUUGGGGACACUGGGAGACAUGGGGGCACUUGUGGAUACAGACAUGGGGACACUGAGACAUGGAGACACUGGGAGACAUGGGGACUCAGACAUUUGGUGACACUGGGAGAAAUGGGGUCACAGACACUAGGGACAAAGAGACAUGGGGACGCAGACACUGGGACACUGGGACACUGGGAGACAUGGGGACACAGAGAUAUGGGGACACUGGCUGGGAGACAUAGGGACACUGGGAGACAUGGGGACACUGAGACACUAGGGACACUGGCUGGGAGACAUAGGAACACUGGGAGACAUGGGGACACAGACACUGGCUGGGAGACAUAAGGACACUGGGAGACAUGGGGACACAGACACUGGCUGGGAGACAUAGGGACACUGGGAGACAUGGGGACACAGACAUAUGGGGACAAUGGGAGACAUGGGGACACAGACAUUUGGGGACACUGGAAGACAUGGAGACACUGGGAGCCAUGGGGACACUGAGACACUAGGGACACUGGCUGGGAGGCAUAGGGACACUGGGAGCCAUGGGACACUGAGACACUAGCAGGGGCGGGCUGAAAACUCAUGGGGCCCCUGGGCAACCCACUAUCUUGCAGGCUGCACAAAUAUACAUUAUGCAGACAUACACGCACCACCUACAUAUACAUUCUUGUGUUACAGAAACAUUCUUGUGUUGUAAUGUGGGGGGAGUAGGGGCUUCAGUGGGUGACAGGAGCUGUAGCAUGUGGGACUGGUGCUUUAGUGCGGAGAUAAGGGCUCUAAUGUGCGACAGGGGCUCUAAUGGUGGAAUAGACACUGUAGUGGGGUAUAGGGGUUGUAAUUGGGGAUAGAGAUUGUAGUGUGGGGCUUGGGUGGUUAGGGAAUGUCAUGAGGGAUAGGGGCAGUAGUGGAGAAAUAGGGAUUGUCGUGGGGAGACAAUGGCUCUAAUUGGGAAACAGGAGCUGUAGUGACGUGGUAGGGGAUGCAGUGGGAGAAGAAAGGCUGUAGUGGGGCAUAGAGGAUGAAUUUGGGGAAUAGAGGCUGUCAUGGUGGAUAGGGGCCCUGAGUGGGACACUGCAAUAUCACAAGUGGAUUGUAAAUUGUAGGCUACAUAGCAAAAUAAUUGGCUUACAUGGAGGUAUGUUGUUAUUGGUGCUAUAGCUGAUACAUUGUAGAAAGAGCUCAAGCUGUCCUGCUAUUGAGUAUGGGGUCUAGGAUGUUAAAGGAACACUAUAGUGUCAGGAAUACAAACAUGUAUUCCUGACACUAUAGUUGCAAGAGCACAUUUUAGGUCCCCAGUCCCCCUCUGCCUCCAUGGCUGAGAUCAUUAAAUUUAACGAUCCCAGCCAAUCCAAUGCUUUCCAAUGGGAGGCUAUUGAACAUACGUGGCAAAACGCUGUGCUGUGUCAGUCAGCAUAUCCUCCUAGAGAUACAUUGAAUCAAUAAAUCUUUAUGGGGAGCAUUCAGCGUAUCCAUGCAGAGCGUGGAGACACUGAACAUAAGUGCUACACACUGCGCAGCACUAACCCAGGAAGCACCUCUAGUGGAGAUCUGAGUGACUGCCACUACAGGUGAUCCUAGGCGGUAAUUUAAACACUGCCUUCUUUCUGAAGAGGCAGCGCAUACAUUAAAAAGCCUGCAGGGACAGGCUAUAGACACCAGAACCACUACAUUAAGCUGUAGUUGUUCUAAUAACUAUAGUGACCCUUUAAGUUUGCCUCUGUUAUAUUAUUCCCCUGUGUUGUUAUAUGAAUGCUUUGCACUUAGUGGUGGAACUACAGUAAAGAGGGCACUGUUGAAAUAGUUUUUGGGAGGCACCGCUGAUUGCAAAGAUGUUGUUCAGCUGACACAAUGCUUUGCCAGCUGGGGAUCUACCAUUUGCCCAUCCCUGCUGGAUUGUACUUCACACAGAGCAGUGUUUGUAUGUUUGAAUGUAAGUUUUUGUAUAAAGUAUCUGUGUGUGAAUGUAGGAAUGUAUUUGUGUGUAAUGUUGUGUGUUUUUUGUGCUGUUGCCAUUUGAAAGCAGUGGUUUACUUGUGUGUAAUGUUUGCCUUUGAAAGUAGGGGUGUAUGUGUGAAGUGUUAGAGUUUGAAUGCUGAGAUGUAUACAUAGAAACACACAGAUACACAGAUACACAGGCACACUGACAACAUACAGAUACACACACUGACACACAUGCAGAUCAGUUAGUUUUGUCGACAAAAUUUUAGUCAAGUUUAGUCAACUAUAUUUUUUGAGAUUUAGUCGACUAAAACUAGACUAAAACUAAAACAAUGCAGAUGACUAAAAUAUGAUUAAACUAAAAUGGCUGAAUGACUAAAACUAAAUUGAAAUUUGCCGCCAAAAUUAACACUAUGUGUCCCAAGUGUCUCUGUGUCCCAAUAUGUUCACCUAUGUCUCACAGCGUCCCCCAUGUGUCUCAGUGUCCCCAUGUCUUCCAGUGUCUCAGUGUCCUCAUGUCUCCCUUUCCCCUCAUCCCUCACUUCCCUGAGCUGUAGGCUGUCUCUGCAGGCUGGGAGCUGCUGUCUGGACUCUCUGUGCUGUGUAGCUGCUCCCCCGCGGAUCAGUGAAUAGAGAGAGGCAGGGAGGGGUAUGCUGUAACUUCCUAUCCCUGUCUCUCUCCAUAUACAGUAACCCCUACUGGCCAGUGCUGGUAUUGCAGAGUAAUCUCCCUUUAUACUGAGAAAAAUUUUGCAUUUGUAUUGCCGGUAUUACUGCAAUACCAUCACGGCCAGGCAGCCUCAAGGCACGGCCAGGCUGUGCCUUAAAAUACCAGUCAGGUGGCAAAUCUAAGAGUAGUGUGUUAAACAAAAUAAUUAUUAUUAUUUUUUUAAAUGGGCCAAUUCCAUAGGCCUCGGCCUGGAGCUGCAGCUCCAUCAGCCCCUAUGUUAAUCGGGCCCUGGGAACAGAAUCCUAAAACUGGAAAAACAGAAGACAUUUGAACUUGAACUUCCAUUUAAAUGAGCCUUCCCAGUGGGUCUGUUUAAAUUAUUUGCCACUUUGAGAUUUAAAUUCACAUAGAAUAUAAUGAAACACAAUUUAAAUGUUGCCAUGACUCCCUCUGUUAUCUCUCUGUCAUUACAUGUAGAUGUUUCAACACAUGAUAAUGAAACGUAAAAAGAUCCAGUGGACGUUUGGCCCUAUUAACUCUACAUUGUAUGACCUGUCAGGAAUUGAUUCAUGGGGAGAAGAUCAGUCUGUAUUAGAGCUGGUGGUGUCUUCCAAGAAAAGAGCGGUAUGUUCCUUUGUUUGUUUUGCUUUCCAUUUGUAUUGAUUAAUCCAUAUAUCAAACCAGUCAAUUCUUUGUGUCUGUUAUUUUAAAACCUUCUUGUUUUUGUCUCUCCACCCAAACCUUUUAUAGGCUCGGCAAAUUCUAGAUCUCACUCCUGUGAAGGAACUUGUUAGCCUGAAGUGGAGGGGCUGUGGGCGUCCCUACUUCUGGUUUUUGGCAGCUCUCUAUGUCCUAUACAUAAUCUGUGUGACUAUGUGUUGUGUUUACAGACCUCUAAAACCUAUUCCUAAAAAAUUAAAUGAUACACGUGAUAUUACAAUCUUCAUGCAAAGACCCAUUCACGUAAGGGACUGAAGAACUGUAAAAACUGUAGAUUAUAUUUUUAUUGUUGUUGAAGUGCUACUUGUGAGCUGAUGUGAUUUUUAUUUUCUGUUAGGAGGCCUACGUGACCAGUGAAGAUGAUCUGCGACUGGUUGGCGAACUAAUUAGUGUGAUGGGAGCCAUCUUCAUAUUGCUUCUAUUGGUGAGUAAUGUUCUUGAUGUAUGGACUAUAUAGUUCCAAAUAGUUAAUUUAUAUUUUAACAAAUGCAAUUUUAUGUUUUUUGUUUGUUUUAUUUUUAACAGAUUCCAGACCUCCUACGAGUUGGUGCCACCAGAUAUUUUGGGCAGACGGUUCUUGGAGGACCUUUUCAUAUCAUUAUGUGAGUGCUUGUAAUAAUCAGUAGUAUGUGACCACUUUUUAAAAUGCAUAUUGAAUUGAGUUGGGCUGUGCAUGCAGUCACACGCUCUUACAAUGCAUAUUUCAUAACCUCACAAUUAUUAUGGGUGAAUCAUUUUCUAAUUUUGAAACCCACCACUUCUCUCAUAAACCACUGCACAAUUCUUUAUAGUCUGAAUUGCACAUUGAUAAUUGUCAUGAGAUAGACAUUAAAUUCACUUUGAGCCUUUUUUGUGAAUUAGUUCUGAUAAAACUAUGUUUCUCUGCUCAGAAUCGUCUUUGCAUGCAUGGUGAUGUCAGUAUUGGUUAUGAGAGUGACGAGCAGCGAUGGAGAAGUUGUCCCAAUGUCUAUCGCUCUUGUGUUGGGCUGGUGCUAUGUCAUGUAUUUUACAAGGGGAUUCCAGAUGCUUGGACCCUUUACAAUCAUGAUCCAGAAGGUAUGGAUCAGCAUCUAUUAGAGAUAAAUAUCCAAUAAUAAAAAUGUGUUUUGCUGAGCAAUCCUAAUUUUUCAUCACAAUUUAUUUUCUAGAUGAUCUUUGGCGAUCUCUUACGUUUUUGCUGGCUUAUGGCAGUGGUUAUACUUGGUUUUGGAGCAGGUGAGUGAAGAGUAUACUUUACUGUGUCUUGUUUAAACCAUUAUUACUCUUUAUUAUUACCACUAUUUAAUAUUGAAAAGUAUACGCCACUGGACUUAGGCCUGGCUUUUUGAGAGUUAUGUAUUGUUUUUUUCUUGUUUUGUUGUGUUUUCAAACCUGAUGUAAAAAGAAAAAAAGGAGAAUGUGUUAAACUGCUAAAUUAUAUACACACAGAGUUAUUUACUAAAGUGUGCUUUCUGUUUAUACAGAGAUUAUUUACAUAUCUUCUAAAAUGAACAGAGCUGUAUGUUCUCUUUAACCUGAAAGAAUUGUGGAUAUUGUAUGGGUCUUCUUGAUACCAGAAUUAUAGACCCAAAAUAUAAACCCAAAGUAAACUUACCAUGCCUGAUACGGUUGCAGUUUUCUAAUUCUCUGGCCUGGCUCAUGCUAUGCAAUUCAGUGAUUUCUUAUCCUUAUUACUAUUAAAAGCUCACAUUUUUAUUUUACAUAAAAGAGAAUCCUUCAUGUUUUCAGUGGGCAUUACGUUUGCUGUAACCUCGCCUGCAUACCUACAUCUACCGAACACAUACGAUAUGUCUUCUCUGUCACCAAAGCAUGGCAGAGUUACCCAGACUUGGGAUAACUGAGAGAAAGUGUACAAUGAGCACAUUUUUAACCACAUUUGUGGUGUAGUAAGAUUUAAAUUUAAUUUAAUUUUUAAGUCCGUACAUGAGUACUAAACCCACCCUCAGUGAAUGGAGAGUCCUGAUUGGCUGCCACCAGAGCUUCCUUUCUUGCUAGAAUUCAUGUGCACCAGAUUGAGGUUCCUGCUUUUUAAAUGGGGAUGUUGUCCAAUAUGCUAAUUACGCAAUGGAAAUAACCAUUUGCUAUCCCUUCCCUUCCAAACUGAUAUCAGGCCUGCUAAAUUCAGCAGGUCUGCAUAUCUCUAUUUGAUAAACAGCCAAUGUCCCUGUUUGCAGGAAUUGCUUUUAUCCCUAUUUAAGUCAAGCAGGAGAACCACCCAGAGGAGGAUUUCCAUGCUAGCAAACAUGUAGAGCACAGUUAGUGUUUUUAUUACUUAAUUCUCGAUGGAUCUAUACAUUUGCUUGCAAAUCUCAGAGCACAAUGUAUGGAUGAAGUUUGAUUCUAUGUCAUUUUAAGAUAAAGCUGUUUAUAUCAUAACGUGUUUAGGGUACCAUCAUUUAUCUUAAGUGAUCAGUGAGUUGGUGAAGUUGGUUGCUCAUUCCCAUCUUUUAUUUGUUCCCUAGCAUUCUUUGUGAUCUUCCAGAUGUCAGACUCCUCUGAGCUCGGCCAGUUCAUGACUUACCCCAUGUCCAUAUUCAGCACUUUUGAGCUCUUCCUCACACUCAUUGAUGGACCUGCCAACUAUGACGUGAACUUGCCGCUGAUGUUUAGCUUCAUGUAUUCUGCAUUUGCAAUCAUUGCAGCACUUCUAAUGCUCAACCUUCUCAUUGCUAUGAUGGGAGACACUCACUGGCGGGUUUCACACGAACAGGAUGAGCUGUGGAGGGCACAGGUAAGACAUUCCAGUCUAUUUCGUGUGCGUGCAAGGCAUGAGAGAAACAUCCUAACUAAAAAUCUAAAAACUCAUCUGUUGGUCAAUUUCCCACACUGAAGUCAAAUUUAUAAAAAAAUAUAUAUAUAUUUCACUGAUAUUAUACUCAUCAUUUUUCAGUGUGAAAAGUAUGAUGCAUGUCUCUUUUUUCUGUUUUACUUCUUUAAAGGGUUACUUGAAGCAUUAUGACCACUUCAGUGAUUUGAAGUGAUCGUGGUGCCUGGAGCCAUGCAGAGUUUAACCCCUCUGAUACCAGAGGUGUAACUCCACCUCUGGUAGCAUGAUUGGAGCAUCAUUAGUUAACUAGAAAUAAAAUUUGUGUUGUCUAAUGUCAAUUCUGUUUAAAUAUUUGUGCACAGAAUUGUAUUGAAUGGCUGAGAGUGGUCAGCUUAUGCUCUUAGCCAAUUAAUGGCAACUAGAUCAGCUUCCAUCUUCUACAGCAAUGAGAGAAUACAAGGAACCCGGCAACAAGUUAAACCAUUACCUUGCCUAUUACCAGGGGACUGGGCCAAGGUACUCCUGGCAUCAUAGUCACUACAGGGAAUUGUAUCUGGAAGGCAUUGAAUGUGCGCCAGUAGCCUAAUUAGCUGUCAGAUGGUGAAUAAAUUGAGUGUUUCUCCAUGGAUUUGCUGUACAUUUACAGACUUGGUUUUAUAAUAGAGGAAAAUGUUUUUACCCAUAUUUUUAUUUUACGCAGAAAUGCAAUAAGCAUGCUCCAGAAGACAUGAAAACAAGUCAUUCUUAUAGGAUGUUCACAUAUAUUGUACAUAUAUUGUAUUGUAAGAUUCCCUCUGAACAAACCCAGUAACAUUUCUAAAAUAAUUCCAUCCGCUAUAUUUGACUACUAACAGCCAAGCUGACAGCAGACAUAAUUAAAAUACAAAAAAAGUAACAAAAUAUUGAUUAUUACAUAAGGUUAAAAUUAUUAUAUAAUAUAAAUGUAAAAUAUAAUGUACAUUGUAACCCUCCAUUGAGUUAACCUUUCUCCUUCGAUGUUAGCUAUAAAUGGUACUAGUGACUGAUUUCUGCAAUAUUGUAUCUGGUAAUAGAAUUUUUCCACUCUCUGUGUGCAACAAAUGUUCUUAAUUCUAUUUACCUGCAUUUUGAGGCUGAUGGUGACCAGUUCUGUUGCAUCAAAUAAUAAAUUUGCAAAUGUCAUCAUUCAGUUCCAGAUGUUAUGUGUUUGCUUACACUAUAUUCACUCUAAUUCAGAGGUGGCACAUUACCCCCGCUCCCUAGUAAACAUUAUUAGUACCCCCAUCCCAGUUUUCACUGCCAUAUCUUAUGUGCCCCACCAUCACCAAUAUGGUGUUCUGAGUGUUGCCACUGCAAUGUGCAUUGCCUUGGAAUGAGAUGCAGGCUUUUGCUGGGAUUAUCCUGAUUUAAUUUUUCGGUUUUCAUGGUGGUAAAACGUAAAUGUUUUUGUGAUGUCUUAUUAAUGUUGAUGGAGUAUUCUCAUUUCAUCAUAUAUCAUACUAUAACUAGAACACAAGUGUAAUUUUUGUCUUUAAGACUUCCAUAAGAUUUUCAUCUCUAGCAUUUGACACAGUUUAUUCUGUUGACACUUUGAUCAAAAUUCUCAAAUCUUAUGAAUUUAAUUUUUUUUCUUCUUCAAAGAUUGUAGCCACAACUAUAAUGCUAGAAAGAAAAAUGCCCAAAACUCUUUGGCCACGUUUAGGAGUUUGUGGAAAAGAAUAUGGGCUAGGAGACCGCUGGUUUCUACGGUAAGUGCACAGUCUACUUGUCAAGUUUAUCUUCUCUGAUGUUCUCCCAGUAACUUAAAUGGUACUUUGAAAUACUUCUCAUUACAAUGAAAAUAGGUUAGCAUCUUAAUUUGGAGAUUCCUAUAUGUUAUUCAUGUAUAAAUAUUAGUUCUAAGGAGGCUCUGAACUCUGAUUCUACAUAAACAUUUAACAAGCACUGAGUCAGUGACACCCAAUUUCCUUUUGCUCCAGGGAUAAAACAGCAAUACUCUACAGAGGCUUGGUUGGAAAAAAAUUGUAAAGCUAUUUUUAAAACCUUACAUAAAAAAAAAAAAUCGAUGCCAGCACCAACUGAGUGCUCUGUUUUACUUUUUUAACUUUAAAGAUAAUUUCAUAAAGAUCAACCCUGGUAGGAUUGAUCUACUCAACAAAUGUGUUAAUAUUUUUUACCAUUUCUCUUGGCAGAGUUGAAGAACGCAAGGACUUGGACAAGCGAAAGAUUAAAAAAUAUGUAAAUGCAUUCCAAACCUCAGAUGAUGAUUGUGGAGAUGGACAGUCAAUGAAGUCUGAAUAUACUGAAGACAGACCUCAUCAUCCCCACACUGAGAAGCCACCAUCAAAUAUAACACCUCCUUCCAUCAGAAGAGUAUCCAGAAGCCGAUCGAAUAGUGGGUGGAACAUACUUCGCAAAGUCUCCAUUAACCAACUUCAGGGGAAAAUCAAUUAUGCUCUAGAUAUUGAUGAAAAAGUAUAUGAUGUGUGA